UUUCAGCCAGUGCGCUUGGAAGCAGCUUGAUAGACUACAGCAUAGGAGUACGAGCGAUAUGUCUAAAGCUUCUGCAUCUGUCCCCCAUUUGGAAAACGCAAGCAGUAACUUCGAUGCAAUAACGACGUUGGAGAAAUCGUUUAAUCUCUGAGUUUUUGUAGAAAUAUAAUUGCGGUUGUGCGGCUGUGCGCGCUCGGGACCGUAUGGAGGGAUGUCGCGAUGGUUUAUACUAGGAGAACCAAAACUUUGGUGUCAACAUGCGUGAUUUUAAGCGGCAUGACCAACAUCGUUUGUCUGCUCUAUGUCGGGUGGAUCACUAAUUAUGUAUCUAAUGUAAACCCCAAAGUCCCCGAGUUGGAGCCGGAGAGAAAGUUUCAAGAUGACAACAAAGGAGAAACUCUGAAGAUUAUUGAGAGACUGGACCGGCUUGAGAACGUUGUCAAUCAGCAUAUCAAAGAGAGACCUCUGAAGGACGGUGUGGACCCGGAGGCGGUAGAGUCGGCCUCAGACUCCGCCCUCUUCUCCCGCUGGGGUCGUGACCUCGGCCCAGAGAGCCGUCGCCUGGCUCUGGAGAAGUUCCAGUACUAUGGUUACAACGGUUACCUUAGCGACCGCCUCUCGCUGGACCGACCGAUCCCUGACCUCCGACCUGACGCGUGCAGGAACCUGACGUACCCCUCGGACCUGCCCCGCCUCAGCAUCAUCUUCAUCUUCGUCAACGAGGCUCUGUCCGUCCUGCUGCGCUCCGUCCGCACGGCCCUGCUCCGCACGCCGCCUCACCUCCUCCACGAGAUCAUCCUGGUGGACGACCACAGCAGCAACCCGGAGCUGAAGGAGAACCUGCAGCAGUUUGUGGAGGAGACCAAUGCCCACAGGCCCCACCUGAUCAAGAUGGUGCGCCACGCCCGCCAGGAGGGCCUCAUCCGCGCCCGCGUCAGCGGCUGGAGGGCCGCCUCCGGACACGUGGUGGCGCUGUUCGAUGCCCACGUGGAGUUCAAUGUCGGCUGGGCUGAGCCCAUCCUUCUCAGGAUCCAGGAGGACCGGAGACGAGUCAUCUCGCCGUCGUUUGACAACAUCAAAUUUGACACCUUUGAAAUCGAGGAGUACCCUCUCUCCGCCCAGGGCUUCGAUUGGGAGCUCUGGUGUCGUUACCUCAACCCCCCCAAAGCCUGGUGGAGCCAGCGCAACCACAGCGCCCCCAUCAGGAGCCCUGCUCUGAUUGGCUGUUUCGUGGUGGACAGGAAGUACUUUGAGGAGAUCGGCCUAUUGGACGAGGGAAUGGAGGUCUAUGGAGGAGAGAACGUGGAGCUGGGCAUCCGAGUGUGGCAGUGUGGGGGCAGUGUGGAGGUCCUCCCCUGCUCCAGGAUCGCCCACAUCGAGCGCGCUCACAAGCCCUACACGGACCACCUGACGUCCCACGUGCGUCGCAACGCGCUGCGGGCGGCCGAGGUCUGGAUGGACGAGUACAAGAACCACGUCUACAUGGCCUGGAACGUUCCUCCGCAGAACUCGGGUAUCGACAUAGGCGACGUGUCUGAGCGCAGGGCCCUGAGGAGCAGGCUGGGCUGCAGGUCCUUCAGGUGGUUCCUCACCAACAUCUACCCUGAGAUGAGGACCUACAGUGGCACCGUGGCCUACGGAGUGUUGAAGAACAGUCUGAGGAGCGACCUGUGUGUGGACCAGGGGCCAGAGUCCGACAACAUCCCCAUCAUGUACCUCUGUCACGGGAUGACCCCUCAGAAUGUGUACUACACCAGCAGCCAGCAGCUCCAUCUGGGAGCCCUGAGUCCCACCAUCGACGACAACGACAACAAGUGCCUGGUGGACGUCAACAGCCGCCCCAGACUGCUGGAGUGCAGCUACGCGGCCACCAAGAACAUGAAGCUAGCCUGGCUCUUCACUCAGGGGGGCUCUAUCCAAAACACGCAGACAGGGAGAUGUCUGGAGCUUGUGGAAAGCAGCCCAUCAGAGAACGGCUUCCAGUUGGCCAUUCAGAAAUGCUCUGCUCAGAAAUGGACAAUCACCAAUGUCCUGACACAGCUCCACCAAUGACAGUGAGACAAGAACUGGAAUGAACCAAUGAGCAGUGACCUACUGAUCCUGACAGUGACCUGUCAGAUGACUGCUAGUUCUGUCUGAUGACUACUGCCUUUGAGAAUCUACCUGACACAAGGACAUGGCUGCUUGCUAGCUACUUGAAGUGAGGACUCCCAACCCACAAUCCCA